AUGUCAUCCGGCGCUGCCGCUUUUAUUGCAAGCGACGGGCCUCGGUGCUGCAUUAGAAACUCAAAAGCAUCGCGACACCCAUUUACCAGAGCUCCUGGACCCCUUCUUUCUAACGCAAUACACAUUUGCACGAAUAAGCGCGACGACCAUUGCAAAGUGAAGGGCGUUAAAACAAACGAAAAUAUGGCGCUCUCCAGAUUCAGCUUGCGGUUUCCGCGGCCUAAGACGUUCCUGGGCUGCAUCAGCCUCCAGACGGGCACCGAGAUCAUCUCCCUUGUCCUACUCUUUAACAGGCUCACCGGCCUCUACGGUCUCCUCGCCAUCCUCACGGGCUACGAGCUGUCGGUAACGCAACUGACCAUGUACCUGUAUUCGCUCGGCGUCGUCGUGCUCCUGGCCAUGUUCAUGCCCCACAUCCGCAAGCAGAGCCCCUUUGAGAACCUCUCGCUCGCCUGGCUCUAUAUCGUCGACACGAUUCUCAACGCCGCCUACACCACCUUCUUCGCCGUCAACUGGUACCUCAACAGCACCGCCCUCGACACGCACCCGGGGAGCGCCGGCACUCCCGCGGGCGCCGAGAUCGCCGAGACUGCCCUCGCCAACGGCGCGCCCGUCGUCCCGGACGUGCCUAAGACGACCAAGCACAUCGGCCCGCAGGAGUCGUGGAUGAGCCUGGGUCUCAUCUGCUCAGUCACCCUCAUGCGCGUCUAUUUCGCGGUGGUGGUCAUGUCUUUUGCGCAACAAGUGCUGCAGCGGUACGCCGAGAUGGGCUGGGAGGAGGAGGGGCGCAAGAAGGGCCCCGACGGUCCCUUUUCGGUAGGCGAGCCCGGCGGCGAGGGAUCCCGCGGCCGCCUGGGUCGUGUGAUGCUCGCGCUUGGUCGCGGGUAUUGGCUCAGCGAGAGGCCGCAGCAGGAGUGGGCGAGCGCGGUGAGCGCCAAGUUCCGGCACGGGAGUGUUUAAGUACCUAUGUAUGCGCGAAGGUAUUCCUACGGAUACGGAAAACGGCGGCGGUUGUUCGGUCGGGUCUGAUGGAUAUCGGCGCGGCAGGUCGGCGGCAUCGCGGAUGGGCUGACCGCCACUGGGCGGGUCCGGCAACGGGGUGGUGACCCCGUCACCCCAGCGAUGAUGGUUGGGGUCCGAUGAUGCCAUCGCGCGAUGGUGCCAUUGGCCGGGCGGUGCAAUGCUGAAUGGAAGAUUUAUCUAAUGUGGAUGGUACAGCACACGCACGCGGCCUGGUGGAUCAUUGGGCGCUGUAUGUCGGGGUUUACUUUUUUAUUUAUUUAAUGGCUCUGUAAUAUGACUCCUCUGGCACGAGGACAUCGGCGUUUGGGAUGGCCAAGACGAGGAAGGGGAUUGAAUCAUCGGGUUGCGGCCAAGAGAUGAUGGGGGGCGGGAGUUUCGAUCACGUCAAGGGCGGUUACAAAUCCCGAACCGGGAUGGCAUAGUGAUAGAGCACAACGAUACACGACAUACACAGUACAAUACUAAUCCAUGAACGAAGCAACGAGCUGCUGUUCAAUCAAU